GGGCGACGACUUGUGAAGAGGAAUCGAGGGGGUUCUUCGUUUGUCAUGGCCGCAACCGUCGUGCACGCCCAGCUGGGGCUUGGCGCGUUGGGGCUGGGACCGUCGACUGGUUUCUUCAGUCUGGGCAGGUCCGUGAGAGUUGGCGAAGCUCGGGGGACGAGAGGCCUGCGUGAUCGGUCGCCUUUGAUUGUUCGAGCUGCGGCGUCGAGGUCAUACAAAGCGGCAGCCGCGAGCGGGGCUGUGAAUUCUCAGAAGGGACCAGGAAAUUUGUUGCUGAAUCGACUUACGGGCAAUGGCGCUGGGUUCGCACCAGCCACGGGUUCAAUGGAAGAACUGGAGCUGGAACUGGGAGUCUGUAUCCCAUUCAAAAAGUACACUCCGGAGGGGGUGCGUAAAAAGGUCCUCAGCACCCCUAGUGACUAUGCAAACAUGUUCAGCCGAGGUGUCGAAAUUCUAUGGACUCUAGGCGUUUAUUGGGCUUCACUGUCCUAUGAUUGCCUUGUCCGAAGGGGCGAAGAGAUGGUGCCUCUGCGAGCUGAGCAGCUUCGCACUUUACUUGUUAAACUUGGUCCUUCUUUUAUCAAAGCUGGUCAGGUUCUGGCGAACCGGCCUGAUAUAGUUCGAGAAGAUUACAUGAAUGAGCUGUGCACUCUGCAGGACGAUGUCCCGUCAUUUCCUAAUGAGGAGGCUUUUAGGAUUAUGGAAAAAGAAAGUGGGAGCCCAUUAGAGCAAGUGUUUAGCAAAAUAUCAGCCGAUCCUGUGGCAGCUGCGAGCUUGGGUCAAGUCUAUCGGGCAACUCUCCGUAGUACCGGAGAGGAGGUCGCAGUGAAGGUGCAAAGACCAGGAAUUGAACCUAUUAUAUAUAGAGAUCUGUUUCUAUUCCGACUUCUAGCGUCAUUUCUAAAUGGCUACAGCUUGGAGAAGCUAGGAUGCAACGCAGAAUUGAUCGUGGACGAGUUUGGGCAGAAGCUACUUGAAGAGUUAGAUUACGUCUUGGAAGCUCGAAACAUCGAAGAUUUCUACAGGAACUUCAAAGACGACCCAACUGUAAAAAUUCCUCGAUGUUACAAGGAUUUGAGUGGCCCCAACGUGCUGGUGAUGGAGUGGAUAGAUGGGAUCCGGUGCACUGAUCCGCAGGGAAUUAAGGAUGCUGGGAUCGAUAUAGAGUCGUUCAUCACCGUUGGUGUUAGUGCAGCUCUGCGGCAGCUGCUGGAGUUUGGUCUUUUUCAUGGAGACCCUCAUCCCGGAAACAUAUUUGCUAUGCGUGAUGGCAGAAUCGCCUAUGUUGACUUUGGGAAUGUGGCCGAACUCAGUCAGAGGAACAAGCAAGUUCUUAUAGACGCAGUCGUUCAUGCUGUCAACGAAGACUACGUGGAGAUGGCAGGGGAUUUCACCAGGCUGGGAUUUUUAGCCCCUGGUACUGAUGUGACUCCUAUUGUACCAGCACUAGAAGCAAUCUGGCAAAACUCCACUGGGAAGGGAUUGGCUGAUUUUAAUUUUCGAACUGUCACAGGGAAGUUUAAUCAGUUGGUCUACCAGUACCCCAUUCGCAUUCCCGAGAGAUUUGCAUUGGUGAUUCGAUCUCUCCUUACUCAGGAGGGAAUUUGUCUCACGUUAUCACCCGACUUCAAAUUUUUGGAGGUGGCCUAUCCUUACGUGGCCAAGCGUCUUUUGACAGACCCAGAUCCAGCUUUGAGAGAAAGACUCCUGCAGGUCCUUUUCAAAGACGGCCACUUUCAGUGGAAAAGAUUGGAAAAUUUAAUACAGCUGGCGAGAGAGCAGGUUACAAUGAUGAAUCGUAAUCAACCGUUACAGAGAACUCUUGCUGCAGAUACAAGUCUGAGAAACAACAGGGAGAGGAGGAAGACGUUUGUCGGUGGGAAGCUAGAUCUGACGGACACGAUCAAAGAUGGUGCUCGCGUUAUGGUGACUGACGCUGCUUUACGCCGACAGCUCCUUUUGGCCUUCACAGAGGACUCCAGAUUACAUAUACAAGAGGUUGUGGACAUCUAUAGACUGGUUGAAGGAGAAUUCGACCCGGCAACAGUUGCGACAGAUAUCAUUCGAGGAAUUCCAAAUGUCGCUCGGGAGUUGAUGCUUUCGUGGACUGAAUCGGUACUAUCAGAACGUUAGGAACAUAUAUUUCGAAACAAUUCACCGUUCUGAGCAUCAUCUACUCGAUUGUUGAGGACAUUAGAAGAAACUCACUUGUACUUUAUGAUGUAUUUUUAGAGAAAGAUUGAUCCCGAAACUAAAUGAAAGGGAAGAUAGAAAUACGAUUGAAAACUCACAAAAAUACUGAACCAAGUUCUGAACUUGUGUUUGAAUCAUCAUCGUCUCAAUGGGCGAUUAUGAUUAACCAACUUAGUGGCUCAUCCGUGUAGGUCAUCCUCUUAUUUUCAUCCACUUCAGAAAGCUGAACAGUAGUCAUGCCAGAAGGGUGUACCUGUGAGUUUUCCUCACUCAAUUUUGCAGUAUGUGCUCAAUUGGGAGUGCAGCUAUCUGGUGAUUCGUUUCUGACACCACUUUGCAUCAAUAUAUGUAAACGCG